AUGCCUCGAGCUGAAAUUUCUGGUUUUGAUAGAACACGAGUAGUAGCCCUCUUCCGAGCUGGAUUUUCAAAUCACCGAAUAGCACUGGAUUUGGGUAUCUCAAGAAGUUCGGUUAUUCGAACAAUUCAAAUAUUCCAAGAAGCUGGCUCAGUUGAAAAUCGGCCACGCAGUGGGCGUCCUCGAGUAACCGAUGAUAGGGAGAAUCGUUACAUUGCUCUAUUUGCCCGAAGGGAUAGAUUUUCAACAAGUACAGCUAUCAGAUCGCAUAUUCAACAUACCUUUCGAAGAGUUAUUUCCACUUCUACCAUCAGAAGAAGAUUGCGUAUGGCAAAUUUGCGCCCUGGAGGACCUUUAAGGGUUCAACGUCUUACUCGUAGACAAAUUGCUGCUCUUCUCCAGUGGGCUAGAGAACAGCAGGAGUGGCUUUUACCACAGUGGCGAAAUGUGGUAUUUACAGAUGAGGUUAGGUUUGGACUGGUGAGUGAUGACCGUAGAAUAAGGGUUUGGAGAGAACUAGGACAUCAACAGCGACUAAAUUUGGCCCGAGAAGUUGUUCUAUAUCAGGUCGGAUCAAUAAUGUUUUGGAGAGGCAUAAUGUUUAACCACCGGAGUCCUUUAAUUCUGAUCCAGGGGGAAAUGACUGCAGAAAUGUAUGAAGAAAAUGUCAUACAACUCAUUAUUCAACCUUUGCGAAAUGAAUUCGGUAACAACUUCAUUUUUAUGGAUGAUAAUGCAAGGCCACAUAGAGCGAGAAGGGUCCAACGGGCUCUAGAAAGGGGCCAAAUAGUGAGACUGUCGUGGCCUGCGAACAGCUCAGACAUGAACCCCAUUGCAAACAUUUGGGACACUUUAGCUCGAGCCGUACGGAUCAGAAUAAAUCCACCUACAACCCUAAAUGAGCUGGCUGCAGCAGUAAAUGAAUAG